GUCUGUCCCGGCGGGCUGCGGGUGGGCACCCCCGACACCCGGGAUACCCCAAACCGCACGGGGGUGGCGGGAGAGGGCCCGAAAGGAAGGCGUGCGGGCGGUGCGAAGGAGGGAGGCUGCGGCAGCUCUGCGGGGCGCCGGGAGGGGGUGCCGCCGAGGUGCCGGAGCCGCCGCAGAAGAUGUCGCCGAGGCGGUGGCUGCGGGCGUGCUGGUGGCUGCCGGCGCUGCUCUGCGGCGGCGCCGCGGGCUACGUGGUGGUCAGCUCGGUGUCCUGGCCGCUGCCCGAGGAAGGAGCGCCGGCCGACGAGCUGCACAGCUCUUCCACCGAGGAGGCUCUCCCCGCGCUGCUGGAAGAGCCGGGCGGCCUCUGGAAGCGGAGCUACCCAGCCUCGCCCUACCGGGAGGAUGCGGCGCUCAGCUCGGUGCCGGCGGCGCGGCGAGCCGGGAUGAGGGAUGCGCCAUCCAGGAUGUUUUCCUACCCACGGGAGGGAGUCGGGGCGCCGGGAAGCGCUGGCACCGCCCGGUACCUCGCCCGGUACAACACCUGGGGCUUCGUGGCUACGCGGGCGGCGCAAGGAAAGAUCCAAGGUAUGCCCUAUGGGAACUGUUUACUUCUAAGUGAUGGUCCUGUCAAUAACAGCACUGGAAUCCCUUUCUUUUAUGUGACACCGAAGGAUAACACUGUGGUAGAUCUCCUGAAGAAUUCCGUGGCUUCUGUGACCCUGCCAGAGGCAGACGGAAAUUUCUGCAGAAAAAAUUUAAUUGAUCCAGAGGAUCCAAGGUGUGCCAGGCUGACUCUCAUGGGACAGAUGGUCACGGUGCCUCCAGAGGAAGUGGAAUUUGCCAAGCAAGCAAUGUUUUCCAGGCAUCCGGUGGUAAGAAAGUGGCCUCGCAGCUAUGAGUGGUUCUUCAUGAAAAUGAACAUUGAACACGUCUGGCUCCAGAGCUGGUAUGGAGAAGUUUCUGCCAUAGCAGUGGAAGAGUAUUUAAAAGCAGUUCCCAGUAAAGGAUGACCGAAUGCACUUUGAGACAGAAAUCUUCUGAGUUUCCAUUCCAAACACUUAAAAUUUCAUGCUGGAUGGUUACGUUACAGUGACAUUUUUUUUUGCCCUCCCCCAAAGGCUUCAAAAUAGCCCUGUCUUACAUGGAGCAGAGCUAAAAUAAACCAACACAGACUUUCAAAUUACAAAGGAUAGGUGGAUACUAGCUCUACCCUGCAAUGUACAAAUGUGUCAUUUCAAACAGGCAAUGCACCAUCUUGAACACUGCUCAAAAACACUUUGUAGCUGUUUGUUUUGUCUCUUAUUGCUGUGGAUCCACAGGGAAACUAUGUGCUAAACAUAAAGUUCUGAUUUACAGAAAAAACAAAUGGUGUGUUUGAAAGCCUCUAUAUAUUGUGGAGGUAUUACUGCUGCUUGGUCUCCUUUGGUUUGUAAGUACUUCUUAAGAUAAUAGCUGCAAUGUUAGAUAUUUUAAGUUUUAAAGAACUAUUUUGUUAAAGCGGUCCUUAUUUGCUAAAUUAUAUUUUCUACAUGUGUUUUUCCCCUAAGUAUCUAAUUUGAUAUUUCACUAGAAAAUUGAGCAGAAAUUACCUCUUUUAGUAGAAAAAAAAUGCAAGUAGCUCAAACAACGUGCCUCCAGUGUAACUUAUCUCUUACUGACACAAAGCUGGUUAAACACGUUAAAGGCCCAAACCAAGUCGGCCCCACAAGGAUUAUCCAAACGCAAGUAUAAACAUUCUCAUAAGAAGAAUUUAAGUAAAUGGUCUCAGCUAGCCUCUUCCUGUUAUGAAACAGGAAAAGUAUUUUUAAUAGCCUGUAGUCCUCAUUUUUUUGCAGCACUUCUCCAGCCACCACUGUAUUUUUAACUCACUUGUGGAACUGAUAUUUGCAAACCACCCCUAACUCAUCUAGGGGUGAAGCCACUCCCUUAACUCUGUUUUCUCACCAAGUUUUAAAGGGCUUGUUAUGCUUUUCUUAAAAAAAAGGAACUCCAAAGAUAGGUAGAUUUUUCAGGCCGUGAAAAACUGAUUUUCCUACCGUGGAAAGAGCAAACUUUGUUGAAAAUACAUUAUGGCAUCUCAUGUGAUAAUACCAAAAGCCUUAAAAGGUCUUCUAUUCACCUUCAGUCCUUUCUCUAGAUACCCUGGUAAACUUAUUCUGCAGUUCUUAAGGGUAUUACUGUAACAAAGGUCCCAUGGCUAACCCGCCAAGUCAUUACACAGUUUGCAAAUUAUACAGCUAUUCUCCCCCUUACAUUAGGAAAGAAACACUGAGAUGAGGUUUCUGUGCCUGUGGAGAAGGUCUUCCAGCAUCUCUGGGAAGGCACGUGAGCUCUGGACACCAGCCCACACCACGAUGGGGCUGAAGAGGAGCCUAGGUCCCUGGGUGAGUGACCUGAGCUUGUACAGGUUAAUCCCUGAGCAGAGCUCAGAGGCAGCUGCUGAGCUCUGACCAGCUGGAAGCCAAUUAAGUGUAGCUGAGCUGAUUUUGCUUCAGGCAUGAAGAGAGGCAGUCAUUCCCCAACCAGUGCUGGGCACCAUGCUGGUUUAACUACCAGGAGUCACUUAUAGCCCCUGGGCAAGUUUAAGACUGCCAGCAUCACUUCCGUUCCUGAUAUUCUGUAAGAAUCAAAGACGAAUGCAGGGGAGGGGAACUUUGUUUAGACACAUGGUAAGCGUUUUCUUUUUUCUUGUCUCAUUGCCAGAGACUCUGUUAGUCGUGCAGAUUUUUGCAGAGGUAAUUACACAAAAGGAGGAAGCAUCCUGCCUGAAUCUAUUUCCUUUUUUUCUCUUGGCAGAUGAGCAACAUUUUCCCAUUUGAGUUUGCCCCUGAAUCUUGUACUGGUUAGUACUGAAGCAGAAUGGCCCAUCCUGUACAGAUUUAUAGAAUACAGUCUCCCUUGAUUCAUGUCAUUUUGCCAUGGACAUCUUUGUGGAUUUUAUACUUUGCCCAUUAGGAUUUAUGGGACUUUAAAAACUGAGUUCAACACUAGACCCUGUAAGGGAAUCUUCACACGUCUGACAUUUCUGUUCAACUUUAAGUACAUGUUUCAUUAUCGCAGUUCUCUGCUAUUCCCAGAGAAAUCUGAACUGCCUAUUCCCUCCCCCACCCCUAAACACACACACACACACACACAGAUUAAGCAAAUCCAGUGUAUAAACUUAAUGUUUAAAUAAGCUGAAGAAGAGAGGAAGAAUUUUAGAAAUGCUGCUAUUGCUGUACUCCCAAUUUCACUUACAUCCUUAGACAGACUGGGAACUGCAACAUGGUCCGGUGUCCUGUCCAUUAACUUAUUAACAUCCUUGCCUUAAAACAGUAAGGGAUUGUAUUAAUGAUGUUCAGCAGAACUUUAACUAUUUAAGAAGUCAGCAAGCACUAAGAAAGGUUUUGAAUGUACAAUACCCAACUUGCUACAGGCUGUCUCUCUGCACACUGAGAUUAAUUUGAGUUGCUUCUCCACUGUAAAUUGACACAUUCAUCAAGCAACUUUUCUGUAUGGGCCUGCCAUGAGGUUCUUGACAGAGCUUCAAAACAUGAAAUGGGUAUGGCAUGUAAUGUGAUAAAAGGGGCUUCAUGACAACAUGCCAUCUUAAAUCACUGUUCUCAUUUCAUGCUUCUUUCUCCCAAGGAAUUGCUACCAUGAAAGUCCUUAAAGUCUGUAGAAAUUAAUGAAAAACAUGACUUGCAGAUUUUGAGUGGAAUUUUCAGGACUAAAAAAAAAAGGGGAGGAGAUGGUAGUUUGCUUAAUUGGGCUUUGCAUUAUUAAUUACACACUAGUUACGGUUUUUCUUUAAACUGACUAAUAUCUCAAGUGAUAUUGGUAAUCACAUGAUAAAUGAUGCCUGUUAAAGCUUUUAACCCAAAGAGUGUUAUUGAGAUAUAGUAAAAUCAUACUUCCUUGAGACUGUAAAGGGUUUGAUCUGGCUUCACUUCAAGUCAAUGGCAAAAAAUCCUAUUUAUUUUUUGUGCUUUAAUUAUUAGAUCAAAUAAGCAUUUUAUAAAAGGUCUUGAUAAACCUUUAUAAAAUUAUUAAGCAUUUAAACUAGCUGAUGUGUAAUUUAUUUCCAUGUGUUCUGUAUUUUAGUUAUUUCUGCAGCUUCCCCAAAAAAAGCUUGUUGUGCAAUGUGUAGUAUUUAAAACUUUAACUGUGGUUUUGCAAUAUUUAAGGAAUGUAUUUAGUCAUGUCUGUAUACUUGCUGAAAAAAAGGAAGACAAAGUUCUAAACUGGGGUUCUCAGUUUCUGCUAAUUUGUGCAAACAUAAUGCAUGUACAGGAUAUAAGCACAGCUAGUUUGAACUGCUGACUGUAUUUAACCAAAUAAUGCUCUGUUCCUGAUGAAAUUUUCAUCACUUCAGUGGAUGAAAUGCAACCUGUCUCAUUUCUGGAUGUGUACUGCAAUUUACAAUGUAUUCUGAUUUCUAAAGAUACAGAAUGUUGUUAACAAAAUGCUGAUCAAGAAGAAAUGCAAAUAAAACAAAUUUCAAAGUGGAAACAGUAGUGAGAAUAUUCUUAAAUCUGCAGGACAGCCCUAUGCAAAGUAAUUGACCUUUUGCUGACAGCCAUUAUAAUUUCUAUCUGAUCUGAAC